UGUAGAGCGGUCGCUUCUCGCAUACCCGCCGCGAGUGUUUAACCGCCGCGAGUGUGUUGAUGAAUCCGUGAUUUAUGUUUUGACUUUUUUCGUGUGCAAUUUCACUCGAGGGACGACCAUCGUCGAUGGAAUUCGCAAUACGCAACGAUACUACGAGAUGAUCAAGCGGGCAAGGCACAAUCGAGGGCGGCAGUCACCAUGUAACAUUGUAACAUGAGUCCCAGCAACUUCGCCUUGUACAUACACAUCACGAGCCUGCUCUGGCUGAGCCUGACUGACGCUAAGAUUGGAUACUUCUGGCAUAUAACUGAUCUUCAUUAUGACCCAUUCCACAAUUCCCCGGAGUUCCAUAGAGGGUGUCGACACAACCGCGGCAACAGUGAACACAAUCAUAGAAAUGGACGUCAUAGGGACCACACAUGCGACAGCUCAUGGUCCCUGAUACAGAGUGCUGCAGCCCUGAUGGCUGAGCGACAUCCUGAUACGUUGGAAUUCGUGCUUUGGACUGGGGAUAUACUGUCAUCAUCUCUGGAACACGUAAGCGACGAGUUCAAACUGGAAGCCGUAAGAAAUGUCACCGAUAUACUUAGUAGGACAUUCAGCAGCCAAUUUGUCUUCCCAGCGCUGGGCCACAAUGAUCCGCCACCUUCGAGAAAGCUUGUAGAUAUGUGGAUGCAGUGGCUCCCUACUGAAGCCUUACAGACAUUUGAGACUGGUGGAUAUUAUACAAUAGAGCAGUCUCAUAGCAAGUUAUGUAUAGUGGUGCUGAACAGCGUGCUGUGGGCAGGUGGUGCGGCCAGGAAUGAUAACCCCCACCAUCACAGAGCUCGUGCUCAAUGGGAGUGGCUUGAGAAGGUCCUCAGCAAAGCUAGGAGGAAAAAGGAAAUGGUAUACCUAGUAGCACAUGCUGGUCCAGGAGUGGAGGAACGGCACAACGCUGGCAGUUCAUCAGCUGCUGGUGGUGGGGAAUUAACCCCUAAUGCAAAUGGAAGACUGUUGCACGUGAUUAGAACCUAUAGCGAUGUGAUAGCCGGACAGUUCUAUGGUCACCGGCACGCUGAUACAUUCCGGCUCAUAUAUAGUGAUGGUCAACCUGUAUCUUGGGCAUUACUAGCGCCAUCUGUAACACCCCGAGGCGCCGGAAGUAUUUCAAAUCCAGGACUGAGACUUUAUAAAUUCGAUUCAAACUCUGGAAAGGUUUUAGACUACACGCAGUAUUAUUUAGAUGUAACAAAUAACCGAGGGGAGCUACAUUGGUCUAUAGAAUAUAACCUGACGCAGUAUUAUGGGCUCAGGGAAGUAAGCGCAACUUCAUUAGACGCGUUGGCGGAGAGGAUAAGAAAUUAUCAUGAUAGAGGAAUAUUUGCAAAGUAUUUAACAGCACUGCGCGUGCGACUUUCAACAGACGUAUCAGAUUGCGACGCAGCAUGUGUAUACGUACAUUAUUGUGCAAUCACCCGUGCAGACUAUAACGAUUUCCGCAUGUGCGUGCGCAAUCCUGCAUCGGCGCUUGCGUCCCGUGCCCCUCACAACUCCGCUGCCAUUAUUCUUUACGCCAUCUUGAUUUUAAUAUCCUCAUAAUUUGUAAAAUCAUAUUUUGGUGCUGCAUCUAUCAACUGGAAAUUAAUUUAACCUAUUUUAGAAUCUUGAUAGUUUUCUAAUUUAAAUAAAGAAUCAUUAAUUUAUGAACCUCUCAUUUUGAUAUUGUCAUAAUUUGCAAUAUGAAAUUGUGUUUUCAAAAAUAGAACUGAGUUUUAAUUGUAAU